AUGAAAUUCACGAGCAUUAUCCUCGCUCUCGCAGCGUCUGCUUUGGCCAUCGACCCUCAGCGUCGUGAUACCGCAACCGCAUCAGCGACAAGUACAGAGGAUCCCAGCGGUUUCAACAUUGGUCAAAUCUCCAGCGCACUUGCAAACCUCCAAAUGAACACAACAGCAACCGCCAACUUCGGCAACAUCUCCCCACCACCCAAAUCGCUCAUCCCCGAAAUCCUCUCCGUCGUCCCCGUAACAGUUCUCUGGGAACUGAUCAACGCCCAAUCCCGCAGCUCCCUCGCCAGCGCAUUCAGCGCCGGCAGCACCCCAGCGUGGUACAGCAGUCUCCCCGCAGACGUGAAGAGCUACAUGUCCGUGGUGAAAUCGCAGAUUUCCGGCGGUGCGUUGACGGCUACGACGGGGUUGGCGUAUGAAACUACGUCGUCUACUAGUGGAAGCACUGGUACAGGCACAGGCACAGGUACUGGAACGGGGACGGCGAGUGCUGGGGCGACGUCUACGUCAAAGGGUCUAGCACCGUCGCAGCCUACGGGGUUGACCGUGUCGGUGAUUGGGGCGUUGGGGGUACUGGGAUUGGCGCUGGUGUUGUAG